GUAGGAUGUACGAUACUACCAUGAUACUACUCAUUUGAAAUUGAUGCUCUAAAUAGCAAUUAAAUAUAUUCAUGACUUUUUGAAAUUGUAGAUACAGAAAAUCCCAGCAAACUAUCGUCAUGAGUUUUCGAAGUUUAAAUACAUCAGCGCUUAGUGGCAAUGUAUCUAUUUUAGAUGAGGAAAAUGGCAAAAGGAAGAAGAUUGAACCUACGCCGGAAUUGACCACAUAUAAUAUCAAAUUAGGGUGGAUACAAGGUGUAUUAAUACCAUGUCUAUUAAAUAUUUGGGGCGUGAUGUUAUUCCUUCGUAUUGCAUGGAUCGUAGGGCAAGCUGGCAUCGGGCUGACAAUAGCAAUAAUUUGCUUGUCAGGGCUCGUCUGUAUUAUAACUACACUAUCUCUCAGCGCAAUAUGUACUAACGGAGAACUACAAGGGGGUGGAGUAUAUUAUAUAGUAUCACGAUCAUUGGGAGCAGAACUCGGUGCAUCAGUAGGAAUAAUAUUCGCAUUCGCAAAUGCAGUAGCAGCCAGUAUGAACACUAUUGGAUUUUGUGAAUCUUUGAACGCAUUAUUGAAAAGCUAUAAUAUGAAAAUUCUAGAUAAUGAUGUUAAUGAUAUACGAAUUGUAGGAGCAAUAGCCUUGUUUCUGAUGUGCCUAAUUUGCGCAUUCGGAAUGGAUUGGGAAACCAAAACUCAGAACUUUCUUAUUACAAUAAUUGUGCUUGCAAUUCUUAAUUAUGUUUUGGGUGUACUUAUCGGCCCUACGAGUGAGACUGAGCGAGCACAGGGCUUUGUUGGUAUUAAUGUAAAUACUGUAACGGAAAAUUUUGCUCCGGAUUUUCGUUAUAGUGACAAUGAACACCACAAUUUCUUUUCGGUUUUUGCUAUGUAUUUUCCUGCUGUCACUGGCGUUCAAGCUGGAGCAAAUAUUUGUGGUGAUUUAAAGGAUCCAGCUUCAGCAAUUCCCAGAGGAACAUUGCUAGCGUUAGCAAUAUCGAUGAUAUCUUAUUUACUAAUGGCUGUCCUGUGCGGCGCGGCUGCGCUAAGAGACGCGAGUGGGAAUAUCACCAGUUUAGGCUUACAACCUAUUGAUGCUUGUAAACCUAACUGUCCAUACGGUUUACACAAUAAUUAUGGGAUAAUGCAAUUGAUGGCUUUCUCAAGUGCAAUAAUUUACGCGGGUUGCUGGGCGGCGACUCUUUCGACGGCGCUAACUAAUUUGUUAUCUGUGCCACGACUGAUCCAAGCUUUGGGAAUGGACCGCAUCUACCCCGGCUUGAUCUUCUUCUCGAAGCCCUACGGCAAGCACGGGGAGCCCUAUCGCGGAUACGUUCUCACAUUUUUUUUGUCACUUACUUUUUUAUUAAUUGCGGAUUUGAAUGCAAUAGCGCCACUGAUAACUAAUUUCUACCUCGCCUCAUAUGCCCUAAUAAAUUUCUGCACUUUUCAUGCGGCACUAGUUAUGUCUAUCAAUUGGCGACCUUCGUUCCAAUAUUACAACAGAUGGUUAUCAUUACUUGGAUUUCUUAUGUGCAUAUUGAUUAUGAUGAUCAUCAGCUGGAUGAUGGCUUUACUAACGAUCACGAUAUUUUUAACCUUGUAUCUUUUGGUACAUUACCGCAAACCAGAUGUCAGUUGGGGUAGCAGUACCGAAGCUCAGAGAUACCAAGAGACGGUAUCAUUGCUAGUGCAAAUGACGUAUAUGAAGGAAAAUGUUAAUUCGUACAAUCCCCAAUUGCUAGUACUCGCUGGUCGCCCGUAUAUUCGGCCAGCACUUCUCGAUGUGGGUCACCUCAUUACCAAAGCAGGCUCAUUCAUGAUCGUCGCUGAUAUAAACGAGACAUUUUUGACAUAUGCACAAAGGCUACGCUUUCAACGAUUAGGUGAAGAAUGGUUACGAUCACGGAAGCAUCGCGGUUUCUAUGUUGUUGUUGAUGGAUGCUCCUUAGAGGAUGGUAUAAGAACUGUCAUACAAAGCAGCGGACUCGGCAGAUUAACACCCAAUAUAGUACUUAUUGGCUAUAAAAGUUAUUGGAUGAAAUCACCACUAAAUAAAUUGAAAACUUAUGUUAGAAUGAUUCAAUUAGUGUUCGAACAACAGCUUGCGGUUGCGAUACUUCGUGUACCAGAAAUAGCUCGACCAACAUAUAAAUCACAAGCUAAGAACAAAACCAACACUGAUACGGAUUUACGUUUGCAUUCUCAAGUUCUCGCUAUUAUGAACGCGGAUUCUGAAAUGGAAUUUGAAAAUAAUCAUGAUGAGUCCAUUGAUUAUGGUACAGAUAAUAAUAUAACAUCUUCACUAGGAGAAACUACAAACGAUGUUGAGGGUAUAUCUAUACAACAUCACAAGCAUUCACCUACUUUGAGCAUCUUGAAAUCCGAGCCGGUUAAGUCUUUAGUUAUAGAUGAGGAAAAUAGUUUAGAUACGUGGUGGCUCUAUGAUGACGGAGGUUUGAACGUACUUCUGUCGUAUAUUAUAGCGAUAAGAGGAUUUCGUGAAAAAAUCCCCAUUAGAAUAUUCGCCUUGGCCAGGAGCUGCCAUGGAAUAGAGGAUGCGGAGGAACGGAUGAUAGCUUUGUUACAAAAGAUGCGACUGCAGUACACAUCUCUAACUAUUAUACAAGGACUUUACGAUCCUCCUCAAAAUGAAACUAUACAAAUGUUCAAUACAAUUAUUGAACGUUUCAGAUCCGACACGAAAAGCGAUGUACUGAUAACUGAAGCAGAGUUGCAAAGAUUACAAUGGAAGACAUACCGCCAUUUAAGACUCCGAGAAUUGCUCUUAGAAAACUCUUCGAAUGCAUCCAUGGUUGUAAUGACACUGCCCAUGCCGCGACAAAAUGUGUCAUCUGCCCUAUACAUGUCGUGGUUGGAGAUUCUGAGCAGGGACAUGCCUCCUCUUCUAUUCGUGAGAGGAAACGACACGUUUGUUCUUGGUGUAUAAUCUUUUAAGUGUAUUUCGUUAUUUGUUGUUUUUUGUAAUUCAUGAAAUGUUGAAGGUGGAAAAAUAAAACAAUUUAUUAAAUAUA